AUAUCUAAAUUUAAAAACGGAAAAUGACAUUAAUGUUUGGUGUAAUCUGGUUGUGAAAGGAAUAAACAAGAACAAGCAGGUUCUAGAUUCUUAAACAGCACGGAAAAGCAUAAGCCCAGAAGUUAAAGAAGAGAAAUAGUAAGGAGAAAAGGGAAGGAGGUGACAUGGAAAGCGAAGCCACCAAUAAGUCAAGAGUUGUAAUGGUAGAGUCAGAGGAGUCUUGGGACUUCUAUAUCUCCCAAGCCACCACUCAAACCCGCCCUAUCGCUGUUCACUUUACUUCCUCAUGGUGUAUGCCAUCAGUGGCCAUGAACCCGGUUUUUGAAGAUCUGGCUUCAGCUCAUCCAGAUAUCCUGUUUCUCACUGUUGAUGUGGAUGCUGUCAAGAUAUUUGUUAGUGCUAUCUUUACAAAGAUACGACUUCAAAUAUUUGGUGAUUUGAUUCCUUCACAUAAGGCUGGGAAUGAGCACCGUGUGGUUUCUAGUGGAAACUUUAUUCUUAUUGUGAUUGAUAUGAAAGAUCAUCACUAGUAGCCUAUGGUGUAAAGAUGGGCACAUCUUCUUCAUAUUGGAACCUUACCAGUAUCAUACAAAAAUACGAAUUCCCACUGUCAUGUAGCCACAGAACCUUGAGUGGACUCCUUGACUCAUCUGAACCUUUCCAAGUUUCCAUAAACGCCAAGUAAAUCUUAUGCCAUGAAACCUCUAGCUGAGAAUAUGAUGGUAGCCUGAAGGCAUCUUUGUGGAGACUUCUUGGUCGAGCAAUAAACUUCUGGUUCUGAUGUGGGGUGUUCAAGUUUCCUCUUUUGCAGUGCUUUUGAUGAUUGGAACCUUUUUUUGUUCCAAGUAUCGAUUGCUUUGCAC